AAGAAAAGAAAAAAAAGAAAAGAAUUUUAGCAAUGAGAAUGGUAAAAUUGAUAAAUAAGUGAAAAAUUAGUCUUUGAAAUGAUAAUUAGUCGAUAAAUGAUAAUUAAUCAAGGUCAAAUUCAAAUGCAAAAUACGCUAUCGAAAUUCUUGCUUGCUCCGAUGUUUUAUGAGCUGUUUUAAGAAGAACAUUAUUUCUUCCGUCUUCGGCGGCAAGUAAACGUUGUACUUUUAUAAAUAUGAAUGUACUUAUAUUUUGUACUGGCAGUACCUUGCAAAAAUAUAAUACGUUGAACAAUGAGAUUAUAUGUACAUGUACGAUGUGCGUUUCGAAUAAACGUUAUACGAUAGGAAUACUUUUAACUUUGAGAAGCGACUAAAAUCUAUUGAAAUUAAAUGGUGGUUAUGUUGUUUUGUUAAGUCAAAUGUAUAUUGUGACAUUUACUUCGUGUAUUAGUAUAGAAAAGGAAAAAUAAAAUUAUCGUUCUACAACAUGUAUGUAUUUUUUAUUUAAAAAAAAAAAGAAAGUUGGUAUCUUAUUUUGUGUGAUAUCAAACCCAAUGGAGUUCUUAACUCUAUAAUGUACAUUGACUAUGGUUGGCAUGCUGUUGCUUGUAAUAUCAUAGCAGAGGAAAAGACAAGGCCAGUAAAAAGCAAAUAUUCAUAAUUGUGUGAUUGUUAAUAUUCUUUAAAAAAAAAAAGAAAGAAGAAUUGAAAAAUGAGUAAGGCACAUCCACCAGAACUUAAAAAUAAAACUCAAUGGAGGAAGACAUGUCAUUGGGAUUUUACGAGGUUUUGAUCCAUUUAUGAACAUGGUUAUAGAUGAAAGUAUUGAAGAAUGCAAAGAUGGUACAAAAAACAACAUUGGGAUGGUGGUAAUACGUGGAAAUAGUGUAAUAAUGUUAGAAGCUUUGGACAGGAUAUGAAUUGAAAUAUAAAAAGUACAAAAAUAUAAUGUGCAUUCUUAAGGAAAUAAUUAACUUUUUUAAUCACAUACAAUAUUAAUAUCAUAUUUAUUCAAUCUUCAAAAUAUAAUUCAUGAUCAUUAUUUUUCAGUUUAAAAAGAACUAUUUGAAUAAAUGGUUUUGAUAUAAAAUAA